AUGCUCUACCCAUUUCAGCUGUUCACUUUCUAUUUGUUCUUGCUCAGAUUGACCAUUAUCGCGUAUUUCGUAUUUACAAUUAAUUACAUUUAA